AUGACCUCAGCUUUGCAGUUGAACGACCCCAGCGUCCCGGAUCCCAGCGGUGCAUGCUUCUAUCUCGACAUUCCCCGCGAGCUACGAGACAUGAUUCACUCAUAUGCCUUGACAUAUCAAUUGGGCCUGGCUUGCACACCGAACGAGCUUUGUCUCUCAACAUCUAAGAAUCGCAUGUCUGACCCAUGGGGCGACUUUGGCUUGUCGAAAGCUCCUGAGGUUUGGGUCCCGAAACUCGAGCCCUUCUUGUCAAACGAACGUCCACCGAGUCAGGAAAUUGAGGGAGUCACAACGCCCGGCGACCCCAAUCCAUUUCGCCUAGUUUGUCACCAGACUCGUGCUGAGACACGCGGGCUCUUGUUAGACUUGAACAACAUUCGCUUCAGUUAUCGACACGAGCACUGCAACUUAUAUGAGUAUGAAUUCAGCAGGGAGAUCGGUAUGAACGAGUUGUUUCGAUCGUUCUAUCACCAAUGCAGCGCGACCAACAAGAAUCGCCUCCGCCGGAUAACCAUCGAUCAGACCUGUGACGCGAUCGUACAAACACCCGAAGCCCACAAUAUCCUGGCAGGCUAUAUGCGAGACUACACCCACCACAAAAACAUAUCCUUCCUAAUUCGCUUUAGACUAGUUGAUGACCCACCCAAUGGGGGUUUUAUAAGAAAAUGA